AACAACAGAGUCUGAGAAGAGCGCUGGACCGAGAGAGGACUGAGUGAUGUCUGCUGCUCUCACACACUGACUCACACACUCUCAAACAUUCACCGAUCCCCGGGCUGCUCUCUGCGGGCGUGUCGCGUGCGUAAUUAGCUGAUUUGGAUCACCCGGUUGAACCUGUAGGGGAGCCUGGCCACACGUCGCCAGGUGGACGGCGACAAAAAGGAGCUUCACCUGUUCUGAGAGUCCUCUGACACCAUGUACAGCAUGAUGGAGCACGAGCUGAAGCCCACCGGCCAGCCCCCCACCCACCAAACCUCCCAGGGCUUGUCCCCGGUCACCGGCAACAUCACCGGCAGCAUGGGCGGCACUGGCACCUCUCACCCGGGCUCCAAGACCGCGUGCGCGCCCGGAGCGGACCCCAUGGACAAGGUGAAACGGCCCAUGAAUGCCUUCAUGGUGUGGUCCCGGGGCCAGAGGCGCAAGAUGGCGCAAGAAAACCCCAAAAUGCACAACUCCGAGAUCAGCAAGCGUCUGGGCGCGGAGUGGAAGCUGCUGACGGACGCGGAGAAGAGGCCGUUCAUCGACGAGGCCAAGCGGCUCCGCGCCGUGCACAUGAAGGAGUACCCCGACUACAAGUACAAGCCCCGCCGCAAGACCAAGCCGCUCCUGAAGAAGGACGCGCAGGUGGGGAAGUACCCGCUGUCCGCCGGGAACCUGCUGGCGGCGGCGGCGCAGGGACAGGGGGGCAGCCCCAGGAUGGAGAGCUACGGCUGGGGACCAACCGGAGGGUACGCCGGCAUGCAGGGCGAGGCGCUGGGUUACACGCAGCAGCUGCACCGGUACGACCUGUCCGCCCUACAGUAUCCCCCCGCCAUGACCGCAGCACAGACCUACAUGAACGGAGCCAACUCCUACAGGUGAGCUCGCAGAAAGUAGUCCCUGAGCGUCAGGACAGGUGGAAGUCAGAGAGUCUAAAAAACUGAGUUAGAAUUAGUUCAGACAGUUGUGAACUCUUUUAGAAAGGGACGUAAAAAUCUUAAGUCUGACCUGAUUCAACAGCCUGAUAGAAAACUUCAAAAUAAGAGUACAAAAAGUCUGAAAGAAACUUUCUUAGUUUAAGAAUGUCCGUCAGUUCAGUCCCCACACAUCAGGCUGAGGAGAAAAAGAGACAUCAGAUUAAAAAAAAAAAAGAACAUUAAGCUAUCUCAAACAGGUUAAAAAGUACUUUGAGUGGAAUCGAGACUAACUUUGUCCAAAAGUACACAGGAUCAGCCUCACUCACACUUAAUGACGCAGGUUGAUUCUCUUUUAAAGUUUAAUUUGUGUGCUACAAAGACGGCCCUAAAAAUCUGUCCUCCUGAGCUCAAACAGUAACUAUUGACAAUUGAGACAGAAGUCCUUAUUACUCUAAAUUUGUAGUUUUAUUUCUGCCUCCAGCAGAAGUUGAGGACUUCAGGUCUGACAGAAACCCUCAUUUCAGGCCUCUAAUUUCCUCUGAAGGCCUGAUCCACCUGCCUCUGACUCAACGGGCUGGUUUAAUUUCUUAUUUAGUGACUCAGAGUUUAGUCUGAAUGCACACUGACCCAAAGAGCUUUAAAGCAUCACAUGAUGACGUUGGAUUAAGAAAAGAAAGUUGAAUUAUACAAACUGAGAACUUGUGGAGAAACACGGCAAGAGAGGAGGCGCUUCACAGAAAUAAAAGAAUAAAUAUAACUGGGUUAAUAAAAAUGUUUUAACAGGAGAAAAAACGAGGACAUCUAGUUAUUUUUCAUGCAAAAAAAUAUUUUAAAGGGAAUUUAACUUCAAACAGAACAAAAGUCUUGCUUUAAUUUUGGAUGUCACUUUUGAUGCUUGACUCCCUGAACCUGAAUUUAUGCCUGAUUGUGAUAAACACAUAUAAAGUCCUCUUUAUUCAAUCACAGACACUUAAAUCUAAUUUGAUAGUUUGUAUGAAGUCAGAUUUCCCAUGACUGUAAAAAAAUAACUCUUUUCUACUUUUCGCACACAGAGUGGCAACAAGUUUUCCUCGACUCGCAUGUUCAAAUAUGACACAUAUAAAGUAAUUAAUAAAAACUUCACCUAUUCCCCAUGAAGCAGAGGAAAUAAAUUGGCACUAAGGAAAGAAUGUAUGUUAUUAAAGUUAAUGAAUAAAUACGAUUUAAUUUCCCAGAGAACAGCUGAGUUUUCCUGCUCUUAAAGCUUGAAUAGGGAAUUUUAAAGUCAGAAUUUUGGUCACUUUUGAUCCUAAAAUUUCCCUUAACUCUCACCUGAGAAGCUGCUUUAAACCCUGAUAGAUUGAACUUUAAAAACUUGAUAUGGGUGGGUUUUGUUCUGUGAUAGUCUUGCUCAUGUUAAAAGCUUUUUGGGUGUUCGGUUUAUGUGUUUUUUACUCAGUUUUCUGUCUCAAACGUGUGCCUCUUUCACUCGUUGUUUUGCAGCUUUCUAAAUCAGCCACAUGUUGAAGUAAAGUUUGUCCAUUUGAGUCUAAACUCCCCUGUAAACAGGAUUUUUUAAAGUCACUCCACUUGAUUUGAACCUGAUCAGAGUUUUAACUGCUUCUGUUAAAGUUGUAUCAGCUCCCUCUCCUUCUUUCUGAUUGGUUGGUUCCACUCCCUCUGCUUCCUGCUUGUUAUGCGUGCGGCGCUCCUCUCCUUUCUGCUCGGGUCCGGUCAGGAAUGUUGAUCAGUGUGACUCGACGGCAGCAGGACGGCUCUGUGUGUGGUCUUUUUACCCACAAUCCUCUGCUCCUGCUAAACCAUUGUCCCCAAGAACACUUGUGGGUCCCUGCCUGCUGCCUCCCCCCUCUCCCCCCUCCUCCUCCAGUGUGAUAAACCUUAGUGUGGGACAGAUGACGGUCAGGUGUAUUCUCCCUCUUUGGCCUCAUUAAUUAGUAUUUUAUUCGGUUCCCGGCAGAGUUUCUGUCAGUUACUCGUCUGUGAGUCACACUGCAGGACAAACCUGUUGGAGCUCGUCCCAAACCUUCACUGACCGGCUCGGAGACAACGCUUCACCCAGUUAGAGGGAAAAACAAGAAACACAUCCUAAUAUUUAUGAACAUUUCAUCUGAUCUAGUUUAAAAAAAAAAAAGCUGUAAAAGUUGAAAAAGUCUUCCAGAUCUGUGAGUGACGUCUUAAAAAAUCUUCUUUUGUCUGUUUUUGAGUCCUCAAAGAAAAAAAGUUCAACUAACAGUCAUAAAACCUAAAAAAUGAGGAGCACAUACUCAUCUUAGGUGCUGAAAACAGAAAAAUAUAAUCCUAUCUCUGUGUCACAGAGCAUAAAAGCUUUUGGUUAUUUCUAAAAUUUGCUGUAAAGUUUUCUUUGGAUUAACUCAUUAAUCCAAAACACUCCUCUACUUGAGAUUACAGCAGUCAGAGUUCAUGAUGCGAAAGAACUUUUUAAACCAAAUGCUUUACAAUGAUAUAAACUGUCAAUUUCACAUGAGAUAGUAUCAAAAAGUUCAAAAGAAUUUAUGAAAAGGAGUCAGAGCUGCUAAAAAGAGAGAGAGGGAGCAGGAAUGGUCGAGCGCCAUAGAGAUGAAGUGAAGGGAGUGAGCGCUGCACUUGGAAACAAAGGGCUGAAAACAUAAAACAUGAAGAUAUUUAUCAGUCAAAUGUUUGUGUUCAGUAACUUCCUGUGAAGCUGAUCUGUACAGAGUGAUGAAAUACAAAAGAUCCUCAAAAGCCCGUCUGCUCGGUACGUUUCCUGUCAGGCACUUUGUUUUUCUGAGAACAAGACUGAAACCAGAAACAUCAAAACGACCUGAUUUCUGUUUGUAUUGGUUUCAUUUUAAAAUUUCAGGCAAAACCUACCACUGAAAAUUUCCAUCACCAAUAUAAACAAUCAAACUAGCUUACUCUGUUCUGAUCUCCAGGCUCUUAUUUUGAAAUUUAAACCAUGACAACAUGUCACAUGAAUGUCUUUGUCCUUCUUUAAUGCCAUAGACAAACAAACAAAAACUAACUUCAGCUGUUUUUAAGGAACUUUAAAAAUCUAUUACUUCUUAUAGUUUUACAGUAGAGUUGGGAUUAGGGAUGAUCAUGUGACUUUGAAACUGAAGUUCAAAGUUCAGGGAACACAUUUGGGAAAACUGUUGGAUCUGAACUUUGGUUCAAGUUUGAAAAACAAACAAAAACUUUGUUUUUAUCAGUUCUUUUUCUCCUAAAAUGUUAAUGUAAGACUAAAGAAGGACAAGAAAGGCUGUGUGACCCGGGGUCCGUGCAAACUUUGCAAUAUAAAAGCCCAGGGAGCAGAAAUAAGCGUGCAGGAUAGAUCGGGGACUUGGGGAAAACUGUUGGUUUGUGGUUCAAGUUUGGAAAAAAGUGAGGAAAUAUUUUUGAAAGGAGGCACAAAUAGUUUUUUUUUCGAUUUCUAAUUUGAAUUAAACUAUUAAGGACAGACAGGGGAUUGAUGGUCACAAAUAUAGAAACUGGAGUACAAAUUUCAAAAUAAAAGCUCAGGUUAGCUACAUUGAUAGGGCAAACAGUGAGUUAUUAUUCUUGGUAAAAGACAUAAAAAAAUCAAAUUUAUUUCUGAUUUGAUCAUGUCACAAAAAACAAGCUGCCUUAGGGUCUGCUAAAGGCCAAUUUUGAGUUAUUUUACUGUUUUAUUCAGUUUCACUAGCCCAUAAACGUUUCCACAGUUCAACUUUUCUGUGUAUUUUGAACUUCAUUAUUUUCUGCUGGAGUUUAAAAGAAGUUUGUUUUUGUUAAAACCUGCAGUUUAGGUGGAUGAAGAAAUUUUACAUCUGUCGUUGUCCUGAAAAUGUAAAAUAUGAACACAGGGAAGGUCACAAACAUCCAAAGAAAACAGAAAAUAAACAAAAAUUUCAUGCAAAGGACUGAAUAAAAAGCUCAAACGUGCUGCUUCAGUUGGGUCAGGAUCUCCUGUGAGGGAUUAUUUAAAGUCAUCUGAGCUCCCAGAUUUACAAAUUCAGUCUUCAGAUUCAGUUUUCUCUGUAAACUUUGUUUGGCCAAAGCAGCAGCAGAGUUUGUGAACUAGAUUACUGCUGAGCUGAUGAAACUCCUGUUCCUGAGCCUGAUCAGUCUCAACAUGCAGCUGCUUAUUAAUCUUCUGUCUUUGACUCUGUCAGGGUUUAAAUGAAGGUGGAGUCGUUUUUGAGUCAUUUCCUGACGUAGAGUUCAGGCAGCAGUUGAGCUGACUCGUUAUUCCUCUAACCUGAGUGAAACUGAAGUCCCCAUAUUCUGCGUUAAUCUCCUGGAAUUAUCGUGUUGAGCCUGUAUUUACUAACUAUCAGAAGAAAGGAUGGUAGAGGGAUGUUUUCAUGUUUUAAAGUUAUUUCAAAGAUGGUAACGCCUCAUGUUAAUUAAUGAUGUUUCCUGCAGUAAUGGACCCGUAUUUUCUGCUCCUGACUUGUACCUUAGCUACAAUAUGUUCAUGUAAAGAGGACAGUAUUUCAGUGGACACUUCAUGUUAAACUAAUUGUAAAUAUCAUAAAUUAAACUGCAGGACUUUGUGAAGGUUUAAGGCAACAGACAGACUGUUUCUGCCUCUAGAAACUGAAGUUAACAUUACUGAAGAUUCUUGUUAUGCAAAAACAAAUCAUGCAGUGAGUAUGUGCAAAACUUUUUGAAGAAAAAAAGUUUUGAAGGAAGAUGCAAAUCUUUUUGUCAAAGUGUGAUGAGUUUUUUCCUAAUGGAAUGGCCUGUUCUAAUUGGAUAGAAGUGGUUAUCAGGUGUUAAAGAAAGACGGAAGAUGAUGUUUGCAUGAUGCUGCAGUAGCAGAACGAGAGAUGCAGAAAGUCUGCAGCUGAUCUCAAACAGCAGCUCUGUCUGAUUAAAAACAUGUUCCUGCUGCAGUCACUCCUUUAUUUGUGCAAACUUAGAGAUAGAAAUGAAGAAACUGUUUCAAGUUUGCAGCUCUGUAUCAGUGCGUUCAUGAAACCAGGUGUCUGUCAGGUCGGACUCCACCUGUUUUUGUCAAGGAUUUCAACUCUCUUCUGGUCUCUAACUCAUCUCCUGUCCUCCUCAGCCCGAUGUCAUACAGCAGCAGCCCCCAGCAGCCCAGCCCCGUCAUGCCCAUGGUGAAGACAGAGCCAGUCUCCCACUCGCCUCCAACCGGGACCCCCAACCACCACCGGGGGCCCCUGCAGGGGGACCUGAGGGACAUGAUCAGCAUGUACAUCCCCGGAGCAGGAGGGGAGGCCGGGGACCCGUCCGCCGCUCAGAGGGGCUACACCAGUGUGCAGCAGCAUUACCUCACUGGGACCGUCCCACUCACACACAUCUGAGACUCUAACAGGCGGGGGCGGAGCUAGAGGAGCUCGAAACGCACAGCUGGACGCACAGGAGGCGGAGUUAAUGGGGCAAAGAGACAAGACGGUGAGGAGUCUUAGAGGUCCAGAUGUUCCUCUAAAGAGAUGCCGUAAUGUUUGAUGUCUUUUAAAAGCUGUUUAUGGCGCCACACCCCCUCCACCGCCAUAAAUACAGAGCUGAGGCUCCGCCCCCUCCACCCUCCUGCAGACUUCUCUCCAUGAAGGACAGCAGUGAAGACGUGUCUGUUAAUUUUGUACAUAUUAGUCCUCUUUUUUUCCUUUUUUUAUUCUGUUAGAGCUUAUCCAUACUGCGUCAAAGACUCGUUAAUUCCACCUUAAACACUCGUCGCUCCGGCACUCGUGACCCGUUCUGUGCCGGGUGGAGCCAGUCUGCAGCCUGACCCGUUAGUCUGGAUGACGGAUCAGUCUCUGGGAGCGGGAGGGAGAAGCACAGGUCGAGUGGAGCGCUGUGUUCAGAGUGUUACUGUCUCACCUGCAGGAUGAAACACCUGUCGGACAAUCAGCUGCAUCCUCAGGGCGCUGACGGAGCACACAGGCCGCUUUUAUCUCUUAGCUUUAGUCGUAGAUUUAAACCUUUUGUUGUACAUGUUUUGCUCUGGCAGUCAGGAGUUGUUUUUUUUUUAGGAUUUUAAGAUGAAAUGCGACAUUUCAGUUGAGUUUUUAAACUCCAAACAGCAGAUCCAUGAAGUCUUCCACACGUGAGGCGUCAGUGUUUGUGUGUUUAUCAACAGAAAACAGGAAGUUUCUCAUUAAAUCUCCAUUUUGUACAUUUUUACUCAUGAGCUGUAACUGAGGGAAUAACAUGAUUCUGUGGUUCUGAUGUCUCUCAGACUGACUGGUCUGCUGUUAGUCUGGUUGUUAGUGCUGCUAUGGACCUACAAAAACUGAAUAAUGUACCACAUUCAGACAGAUUUAAAGGGCUAUUCUGGUAUUUUUAAACCUGUGCCUGUAUUUUUGCUCUUAAGUACUCAAAAGUUCAAUUUAUUUUUGAAAUGGCUCUUGUGGAUUUAUUCAUCCUGCAGCAGUGAAUCCGGCUCAAACAGCUGAAACACAAUAAAAGUUCAUCCACUAAAAGUUCUUGUUUUUGACACUAAUGAGCUCAGACUGUUUUUCAGAAGUGUCUGAUGGCUGUACAGAGAGGACUCCACAGACAAAGGUUGUGUUUGAUUAAAACUAUCUAUUAAAAACACUCAAAUUUAACAACACAAACCCGUGGAGGCAAGAGUCGAGCAGCAGCUCCUCAUGACCUGUGAGGUUUUUGUAAAUGGGGUCUGGUGGAUUUGACAAACGCAAUGUCAGGUCUGUUUCUUGUCAAACAAAGAAUGACAUUUCUUCUGGAUCCUAUCUGUAAUGAUGUCUGGCUCUUUGAACAACAAUCUAAGGCUCACAGGUACGGUGGCCCUAAAGGUCAACUGCACAAACGCAGCGUAGUCCGAGAAAAUGGGACCAACAUUGUAAAACAUAUCAGCAAACACAGAACAAAUAGGUUGACUCUAAACAUUUCAUAAAAAUGGACAUUAUUUCACACAAAAACAUUUGACCUAAUCAGAAAUUUUCAACGAAAAGCAGACAUUUAAAAAAAAUUUCUAAUAUCAAAUAAUCAUGAAUAAAAAAAAAAUCAUAAAUCCAAAAUAUUUCAUGAAACAUUUUACAACAUAGACAUAAAACAUCUUAUCAUGAAAGGAAUAUCAAACUCAAAACUAUUUAAUUUAAAAAAAAAAAUAUAUCCAAUCUUUCUUAAAGUACGGAAAUGUAAAAUGAAUCAAAAAUAUUUUUCAGAAAAUCAAAAAUAUUUUGAAAACAUUGCAAAGGUAUGAUGUUUCGUUAGACACACAAUUACUUGGAUAUUAAAGUAUUUCAAAAAUAUUUAAUCACAAAAAGUGUUAUAAUUUGUGGUGUUUUUGUGGUCAUGAAAUGUCUGUGCAGAUGACCUUCAGGGCCACCGUAAACAGAAAAACCUCCCAUAACAGCCUGUUAAGCUGCUGCAGGAUGAAACUCUCUUAUCUAAACUUUUGGUCCUUAAAUGUGAGAACAUGUAAACUGUGGUCCAGAUUUAAAAUACCAGCCUACCCUGUAAAUUUGAAACCUUUUUACUAACCAAACGUGCACAGACACAAUUUUAUUUUUUAAAAGGGAUUUUUUUAUUAAAGUAACGUGUGAAUGUUUACAUUUGAGAACUAAACUUUUAUACUGACUUUUGUAUCUCUAUUUUUAGGAUGAAUCCUUGUCUGUAAAUGCUGCCAUGUACUAGAGUUACUGUAUGAAGCAUUCCUGUAAAUAAUGUACACAUUUUAGGCUCUUAUACUAAGAGUCUCUGACUCCUUUUUUGAUUAAAAAAAUCUUUGUUAUGGAGUACAUGACAAUAUUAAUAAAAAGUACAAAUCCUUUUUCAUUGAGA